UUGGUUUUAACUCAGAAACUAAAAGUCCUUCGAAAUUCAAUUCAAAAUGGUUGAUGCCAUUUUCAAUGGCCUUGUGGUGGGUACCUCUAGCUAUGCUUUGAGUCAACUUCAACCCUCGGAAAGUCCCUUCCUUUUCACCGCCUGUGCCAUGGGCUUAUGUCAUGGUCUUCUCAGCCUUUAUGGCAAUAUCAUGGAGGGCUCCAGCAAUAGCGAAAAUGCAGCCACAUAUCCAGGCCCCAGCGAUAGUAUGGUGCGGAGAUUACAAAGUCUCACGGAGAGCUGUGUGGAAAUCGCAAGUGUUCCUCUUAUCAAUAUGGACUUUUAUCUAAGAUCUCAGCAAUCUUCUCCCCUGGCUAUGGGUCAUGGUCUCUUCGUUAUACCUUUGAUGGUGGACUUGUCAUGGCAACUGUUCAGUGGAAAUCAAAAUGGAAAUGGCACUGAAACUCUGAAGGAACUGAACACAUUGGGUAAUAUUGUGUCGCUGGUAUUUCUUUCGGUGAAUGAGGGUAAUUUGGCCUAUGGUAUAAUGGCUGUGUCGGCUUUAAUGGCCCAAUAUGGGCCCAUGAUAAUGGAGAAUUCGCUGAGGGGAUCGGGUGCAAAUACUGCUUUAAUUGGAUAUUCAUUAUUUUUUGCCUUGAUACCAGCUGCCCUUAGUGAUGGGGGUCAACAGACGGCUUAAAUACAGAAAAAUUAUUAAAAUUUUUUGUAAUGAAAUAAAAAUCCAUUUUUAAAAUUUCGAUGCUAAAA